AUGAGUGAGUAUACUCCGUACUGUACAUAUCAUAUAUGCAAUUUGACCGAAUACCCAAUUAAUUACGGAGUACCCUCAUCCCACCACCCUCCCAUUUUCCCCGUAAACCCGAAACCUCCGAAAUCCGACGUUACGGCAAGGGAGUUAAAUAGCGAGCGCAUUCCUCGGCUCGUUCGUCGUCCUGGUGGGUGGAAUGGCGCCCAGGGGGAGCCAGAGGGGAUUUCAUUCCAUCUCAAACACACCGGCUUCUCACCAUCACUUCAAGAAAUGCUGGCUGCAGCCAUCCGUGGACUGGGUACGGGACAGGUAACGAGGGCGGAGAACUGUGGGCGGCGGCAUCGGCAGCCGGCAUACAUCAACCAGUUCGCGGUAUCAUACUCCGUACUUGAACGGGGAGUACAGACUCCAAUAUAUUGUCCCGAUGAUGGAUGGGCAUAUCACAUGAUUCCGCCCAGACCGGCUCUGCCAAGACCCACAGACCGUCUUGGCAUCGGCGAUGAAAUGCCAAGACAGGCGCCAAGAUCUCCGCCAAGACCGGUUUCGUAUUGGGGCGGUUGGUCCGGUAUUGGUAAUGUCGCCGAUUAA